UUAUUAUAACUAACAGCGCUCGCGACCUUCGCGCUUCUCAACGCUCUUUGCCGAGUUAAUUUUGCCACGAAGAAAUUGAUGACAUAUCCUGAAGAGCUAGCGAUUAAUUAUACGUAUACGUUUGGUUAUAUUAGAAUUAUUUCGUUGCCAAAUGUCAAACGUAUUGCGAUAUUCGAGAAUGUGCCCUUCUGUAUAAUAUUACCUACUGUGUAUUUUACGCACAACAACGAACAGCUAAUAACGGACUCACGUAAAACCUAUUAAAAAGAUAGAAUAUUUGGAUACAAGAAAAAUCGCAAACUGGCAGAAUGAUGGAGAUCGAUCUGCCUCAUUUUUCGAAUAAGGAUGAAGAAAUUCAAUACUGGAUGGAGCUGGCGCAUCAGCUACAUCAACGGAAAGAGGACACGGAACGUGAGUUGGAAGAAUUCCAAGAAAAUUCACAAAUGUUAGAAAAAGAACUAGAAACUUCGCUUGAACAGUCUGAAAAGGCAAAUAGAGAACUCCGACAAAGAAAUACACGGCUUGCUACGGAAGUUGAACAGCUCAGGGCUCGGUUAGAUCAGCAAUCAAUUGAUUGUGCUGCAUUUCAGGCAAAAGCACACGAUCUUCAAUCUAGACAAGAUCAAUUGGUUAAAUAUAUACGAGAACUAGAACAGAAGAAUGAUGAUCUGGAAAGGGCGCAAAGAGUUAAUAUGGUGACGGAAGAAGAAAUGGAAGCAAAGUGUAAUUUAGCCAUCGAACGAAAUGCAUUACUCGAAUCUGAGUUGGAUGAGAAGGAAGGCUUGAAGGUAAUGGUACAGCGACUUAUGGAUGAAAUUAGAGACUUGAAGCAAGAAAUUCAAGUACAGGAACGACACCAACCGGAUAAUGACAAAUCUGUGGACAGAGUACGUAGUAUUGUGGAUAGCAACAAGCUUCAGGUGGAACUGGAGACACUCACACCGUCCAGCAGUCCUUCCACACCCCAAACGAUACCUCCUACAACGCAUACAACAGCUCCACCAUUAAAGAUUGGAAAUGGAGUAAUUGGAGGUAUGAUUGGUAACAACAAUAAUAACAUGAAUCCACCACUGGCACCCUGUACAAGGAUACUGGCAAUGAACAUGAUUGGGGAUCUGAUGCGAAAAGUUGGGCUUGACAGGUGGGUCUGCAUGGACUGUAGAAGGAUAAAGUGCUCAUGCCCUGGUGGAAAAAAGACCAAUUCUACUCCAUCCGCUGGUAAACCAUCAAUUCAAGUUCAGACACCUACUCAAUGUAUCCAGCAGCAGCCCAGGCCCGCCAAAUGCUGAUGCCUGAUACUCCCCCACUUUACUACCACAUACCUCCAUAUGCUGCAGGCCCUGGAGAGUAAGCUAAACACAUGCCGCAAUUCAACUCGAGAGGAUCAGGCAGUGCGGGAUCACUACAGGUAAUGCUAACUAAUCCAAUCUAUAGGAUUAUGUUGUUCCUUUUUGCAAUAUAGGAUAUUUGUACUUGCGGGAGAGCACCACAUACUCCAUUCGCAUUCCGAUUGCUUAAAGAUAAUUCAAAUUAAACUAAGCUAUAAAUAUUUGCAUUUAUCUACAAAGUGUUCAAUCCCAAUGAAAAUAUGAGUUUAAAACUAGACAACAAUUGUUGGAAUCUGAUGGAGUAUAUGAUACCAACUGUAAUUUGUACUUACUCUAAACACGCUGGUUGUGCUUUUUUAAUAUAACGAUUUUAUUUUAAGCUUCAAUUCCUCCAUCUACAUAAACAUUUUCACAUCUCUCAUAUCGCGUUUAAUAUUUGGUUUAUCAUCAUACCACUGUAGCCGUAUGAUCAAUUUAAACUUCCAAUGAUAAUGUUUGACAGAAUUUAGCAUAGUACAAACCUGAUUCUAGAAUUUAAACUGCAUAAUAUAUGUAUAGGUUCACUGCUCAAAUUUGUAAUUUUGCUGGAUUAUUAUUAGCUUGCUAUUAAAAAUUAGCUAAAAUUCUUCACAUGAAUAUAAGCCACACUUGUGUGUUAUAUAAAAUUUGAGAUAUUUUUAAACAAUUGAAACAAAUUCGUACUAUAUGGUAUCAGUUUCUACUUCGAUUGAUGAACGCCUCAAUUAACUCCAAAAUAACAACAUCGCCAAAUGCAACGAUAACAUGCAGCUAUAAACAGUUUUCUGCUCUGAUUAUUCUCAAGUCACUUCACGCAGUCAUUCUCUUCCUUAUCUCGAUGUUUUUAAUACGUAGUUACUUAUGUAUUGAAACUAAUACUCAGUGAAUAUCUUGAAUAGAAUAGCAUUCGUGAUUGUUAUUAUUAUCAUUAUUAUUAUUAUUAAUUUUACUUUUAUUACUGUUAUUGUUAUCAUUAAUGUCGGAAAUUAAGAAAAUUUAUUUAUGUUCAAACUAAAAUCAAUGUUUAGUGUAGAUACAUAAAAUUUAUAGGAUAUAUUAUUUUAUGGUGAAUUUGAACGUCCGUCCUUUAAAUCAUUUUCAUGAAUAUUUCAUGUACGUUAUAUGUUCUUCAUUAGUUUGACCAAUUUGUUUAUGUGUGUGACAAUUUCGUACUUUUUGGCCAGUGAACAUGAUAAGCUACUAACAAUGUAGCCAGGAAUAUUUGAAUCAAAACGCAUAUAAAAUCAAAAUUCGUCUAUGAUUCUGAUUAUCUUUUAUCGAAAGGUGAACCAUGAAUACAAAUAUAGUUAGACUAAAUUGUAAUAUAGAUGUUUUCAAUAGAAUUUUAAUUUUCCAUAUUUGUAUUUACCCGUGAUGUAUAUAACUGUAAUUGAUUGGUUACGCCAGUUUUCUCAGUUUUUUGACGUCCCGAAUUUUCGUGCAUCUCUUAGUGCAUGUAAGAAUUGAAUUAUGAAAUACUCUGCUAGAUUUGUUCAGCCAAAUCGUUAUCCGAGCCAGAGUUUAAGUUAACUAUUUUGCUCUCUAAUCCUAACCGUUGUCUAAUGAGAAAAUUGGCCGUGCGGUAAAUGUUUAGAAGAGUCUAAUAUUCUGUCUGCAUACUUUUGUUGAAAAAAGUGCACAUAAAUUUAAAGUGCAAACUAUCAUACCAUUUAAUUACUACAUACUGUAGUAAUUGAUGUGUUUAAGCUAUCCGUUAAUCAUGGAUAGUAACGAACAGUUCUUGCGUAUGUUUACCCAGGACUAGACGGCAGGUGCGAGGCCCGGCCUCUGGAAACAACAACCACAUUCGCUUAUAAGCACUCAGUAGAGUUUACAUCCGUACUACUAACGACAUCACCAUGCUUCUUUCCAAUGGCUUAUAUUAAAUUUUUUUCACAAUUACAAUUCUUGUUAUGAUGUGAAGAAAAUUGUUCAAUGCAGCUAUUGAUAUUAGAUCAUGAAUUAACAUACGGCACUGGAAGGGCAACAUUGUACUAGACAAUGUAUACGUAUAUUCGACGUCUUUAUAUUUAAUUUGAAGUGAUAAAGAAAGUGAUAUUGAUCACGUGCACAGUUAUUAAGAAUCGUAAGAAUAUCUGAAUAAUUCUCAUGGCCUAAAUACAGCUAACCCAUGAUAAUGUCGAUAUAGCUUUUCUAGUUUAUGAUUUAGUGAUAUUCAUUUAAAUAUUCACAGCAAAUUAAUGGUCUAUCAUUAUAUUUGACAAGAAGCAUUGGAAGGAACGCAUGAUGUGGAACUUAUGGUUGAAUUUUUAACUUCAUCACCAGGAAAGGACCGUUACCCAUUUGUAAAUACAAUUUAUUUAUAGAUAUGUUGCGAUUUGUAAUAUACAUUGUCUUAGUCUCUCAAUUAUAGCAAGAAUGUAGAUAUUUAUGAAAGAAAGAGUUUAAUAAACAAUUUAUUAUCAUUACCUCACAGUUUACAUAAUCUUUCAAUGAAGAAAUCAUAUAUUGGAUGUGGUAGACCGAUAUGAUAUAGUAAUUGUUUUGUUAUGUCUUACUCACAUCAAAAUUUAAUGCUCAUUUGAAGAAAGACAUUACUUGUUAUACUCCUUGUUAGAAUUUAUGAUAUUGUUCCGAAUACAAAUCUAAUUUUUGAUUCGAAAACUUCAUUUGAGAAAAUAUUUGUUUACGAAUAUACCUGCAAAAGCAGCCCUACGUGCAAGUCAGAGCAGGUAUAUUGCGUCUCAUCCAGCUUAAAAUACCUUGACCUCAUGUCAGGAGCAGUAUUGGAAUUUGUAUGAGUAGCCUGACAGUAUUUAAUGCCUACAGUGGUCGAUGAAAUGUCUAUUCAAUGCUGUUAAGUUUGUACGUAAAGAUACACUUGUAAUUUUUGUUUGUAAAUCUUCAUUAGUUUUCCAUUUCAACCAACAAAUUGUACAGUAUACGUGAGUUAGGUGCCUUUUUAUUAAAUGUUUAUUAUAAUUAUAUUUCUCAGUGUUGUGUA